UUUUUUUUUUUUUGGUUUUGGUUUUGUGGAGGUGGAUAAGAAGUAUAAAGAGGAUUGGAAACCGGUGGCAUAACUAGCAUCAUGUCCGAUGAUGAUGCAGGUGUGCAUAGGCUGGAGGGUACACAGGAUCAGGAGGUUCGUGGUGGCCUGGUGAUAAAAAAGAUCAAAACCAGCCCUGGAACAAAAGGCAAAGGAGGCUUUUCUCCCUUACCAUCUCUGUUGGGAUUGGAUAAGCUAGCUGCCAAACGGCGGGCUGAGAAGGAGCGGAACGAACGUUUAAUUUCAUUUAAGGACAAUGAGUAUGAUGAUGCCGGAGCAGCUACACCUACCACAUCGUCUGGAGCAGGUGCCGCGGAGGGUAUCAGUGAGUUUGCUUUUAAGAAGCCUGACACAAAGAGUUUCGAGAAACUAAGCCGACAGCUACGAGAGCACAAGGUAGAGACACCUUCACACACCGGCGGAGUUUCCGAGAAGGCGAGGGAGCGACUGCGUGAGCAUAUAAAGCGCGACAGGGAGAGAGGCAAACAAUCUCACAACGCAGUAUCAUCUAGCGGCUCUUCUUCGGAAAGUCGCAGUUGGGAUCGAGAUCGCGAUAGAAGAAGAGAUCGUGAUAGAACGCGUGACCGUGACCGUGAUAGGCAGCGGCGUCAUCGCGAUGCAGAUCGGGAGGAACGUGAUCGUGACCGGGACCGUGAUCGGUCUCGGCAUCGUAGCCAUGAUCGUGAUAGAGAUCGCUCCUUGUCAGUUCGCAGCGUUCAUACACCUAGAGAGCCGGGUACUCCCGGUGGAAGUGGUGGCGGCAUAACCAACAGCAGUUGGGAUGACGACGAAACUGAGGAUGGUCAACGCAAAUCUGACUGGGAUAUGCCCACGCCACGGCGUCACGGCGGCGGCAGCGAUUGGUCAGUAAGGAGCAGCAGCCGAUACAGCAACAGGAGUCGCCGGCACAAUGCCGAUGACAGUGCCCGACCCACGCCCGCUCAUCGCUACAAUCAAUGGGCCCACGAUCGAAAGCGUACGGGAGCUACACCUUGGAACGAAGGCGAUGACGUCGAGUCCCGUGAUCUUUGGGAAGAGGAACAGCGCCGUCUCGAUCGCGAGUGGUACAACAUCGAUCAGGGCUAUGACGAUGAGAACAAUCCAUUUUCAGGAUCCAAUUCCGAUUAUUUCCGCAAACGUGAAGAACAAAUCGAACAGAAGCGUACAAAGCGUAUUAGCGCUCAGCAACGGCAGAAUAAUCGAGACAAUGAGCUAUGGGAAAGGAAUCGAAUGCUUACCUCCGGUGUGGUCACCUCGAUUAACGUAACGGACGACUUUGAUGAGGAGGCUCUGGAAAGGGUACAUUUGCUGGUGCAUCAUAUUAUUCCCCCCUUUCUGGAUGGCCGCAUUGUAUUCACCAAGCAGCCGGAACCAAUGGUGCCCGUCAAAGAUCCCACCUCUGACAUGGCCCUGUUGGCCAGAAAGGGCAGCGCUUUGGUGCGCACCUAUCGGGAGCAGAAAGAACGACGUAAGGCUCAAAAGAAGCACUGGGAACUGGGUGGCACCAAACUGGGUAACAUUAUGGGCGUGCAAAGGCCUCAAGAUGAUGAAGAUGCCCGCUUUGACAAGGACAAAGACACUGCCGACUAUCGCAAGGAUCAAAAAUUUGCCGAUCACAUGCGAGAUCAGGACUCUAGUGGCAAAAGCGAGUUCUCCCGCAAGAAAACCAUUUCCGAGCAGCGUCGCUUUCUCCCCGUAUUCGCAUCUCGCCAGGAAUUGCUCAAUGUCAUCAGAGAGAACUCCGUUAUCAUUAUUGUAGGUGAAACGGGUAGCGGCAAAACGACACAAUUGACCCAAUAUCUACACGAAGAUGGCUACAGUAAACGUGGAAUGAUUGGUUGCACACAGCCGCGUCGUGUUGCCGCCAUGUCCGUGGCGAAACGUGUCUCUGACGAAAUGGACACACAACUGGGCGAGGAUGUCGGCUAUGCCAUACGUUUUGAGGACUGCACUUCGGAGCGCACGGUUAUUAAGUAUAUGACCGAUGGUAUCUUGUUGCGUGAAAGUCUUCGUGAUCCUGACUUGGAUAGCUAUGCGGCCAUCAUUAUGGAUGAAGCUCACGAAAGAUCUCUGUCAACUGAUGUGCUCUUUGGUCUACUACGCGAGAUUGUUGCACGACGUCAUGAUCUGAAAUUGAUUGUUACAUCGGCUACCAUGGACUCGACAAAGUUUGCAACGUUCUUUGGCAAUGUACCGACAUUUACUAUACCGGGUCGUACGUUUCCGGUGGAUGUGAUGUUCAGUAAAAAUGCAUGCGAAGAUUAUGUUGAAUCGGCAGUGAAGCAGGCCCUGCAAGUGCAUUUGACUCCCAAUGAGGGUGACAUGCUUAUCUUUAUGCCCGGCCAGGAAGAUAUCGAAGUGACAUGCGAGGUGCUUGAGGAACGUUUGGCCGAAAUCGAUAAUGCCCCGGUAUUAAGUAUUUUGCCAAUUUAUUCGCAAUUGCCAUCCGAUUUGCAGGCGAAAAUCUUUCAAAAAUCCGGCGACGGUGUACGCAAAUGUGUGGUGGCUACCAAUAUAGCGGAGACUUCACUGACGGUCGAUGGCAUUAUAUAUGUUAUCGAUUCUGGUUAUUGUAAGCUUAAAGUCUAUAAUCCUCGCAUCGGUAUGGAUGCCCUGCAGAUUUAUCCGAUUUCGCAAGCGAAUGCCAAUCAGAGAUCAGGUCGAGCUGGCCGAACAGGUCCUGGUCAGGCCUUUCGUUUGUACACACAACGUCAGUACAAGGAUGAGCUGCUAGCCCUCACAGUACCAGAGAUACAACGGACCAAUUUGGCCAAUACGGUUUUGCUAUUGAAGUCACUGGGCGUUGUUGACCUUUUACAUUUUCACUUUAUGGAUCCGCCACCGCAGGAUAAUAUUCUGAAUUCGCUUUAUCAGCUGUGGAUUUUGGGAGCCUUAGAUCAUACCGGUGGGUUGACCACAUUGGGUCGCCAAAUGGCUGAAUUUCCAUUAGAUCCGCCGCAAUGUCAAAUGCUUAUUGUCGCUUGUCAAAUGGAAUGUAGCAGCGAGGUGCUUAUUAUAGUUUCCAUGUUGUCGGUGCCUUCAAUUUUCUAUCGACCCAAAGGACGUGAGGAGGAGGCUGAUGGGGUCCGUGAAAAAUUUCAAGUGCCCGAAUCCGACCAUUUAACCUACCUCAAUGUUUAUUUACAAUGGAAGCAGAAUAGUUACAGCUCCACUUGGUGCAACGAGCACUUUAUACACAUCAAAGCAAUGCGCAAAGUUCGCGAAGUGCGCCAACAAUUGAAGGACAUUAUGACACAGCAGAAGAUGAAUGUCAAAUCCUGCGGCACCGAUUGGGAUAUUGUACGAAAAUGUAUUUGCUCGGCCUACUUUUAUCAGGCUGCUCGACUCAAGGGUAUUGGCGAGUAUGUUAAUCUGCGUACAGGAAUGCCUUGUCAUCUGCAUCCGACUUCCGCUCUCUUUGGCCUGGGCACCACACCCGACUAUGUGGUCUAUCAUGAGUUGAUCAUGACGGCCAAAGAGUAUAUGCAAUGUGCAACGGCUGUGGAUGGCUAUUGGCUGGCGGAAUUGGGCCCCAUGUUCUUUUCCGUCAAAGAGUCCGGUCGCAGUGGUCGGGGUAAGAAGAAGCAAGCCGCCGAACAUCUUAAAGAGAUGGAGGAGCAAAUGUUACAGGCCGAGCAGGAAAUGUUGGAGCGGAAACAGCAAGCAGCGCAACGGGAAGAACAAUUGGCAGCCAAACAGGAGAUUGCCACACCUGGCAAUGCCACGCCCCGACGAACCCCGGCAAGGAUUGGACUCUAAAGUGUUAACACAAAAUAAAGAGUAUACAUACAUAUAUUUUUUUUAGUACAUUAAGAGUAACACAUUCAUAAUAUAAGAUUGAAAAUGUUGUUUUAUAUUCCCUCAAUAAAUAUCAUCUUAUGUAAAGUGA